UUGCCGCCCGACAUAUUUGGUUUUCCUCAAUUCCCAGCUUUUUAGAGAAGUUUAAUGUUGUUUCCCAAACUUGGAAUUUUCUUCAUUCGCAGAUCGGUAUCUCACAGAAUAAGAUGAUACUCAUGCGCCGUUUUCUCCUGGAUCCAGUUGUGUCCUGUAUGUUCUCCAUUGAUAAAAUCUCUCUCAUGUGUACAGCGUUUGUAAGCCUGGUCAAACAAAAUAGGUCGGUCUGUGUCAGAUGAUAAUCUAAUUAAAUCCCAGAAAGUGAGUGCUGCCCUGUCUCCAUUUUUCAGUCAAAUGAUGAUGAGGAAAUGAUGGUCCUGACUCUGCAGCAUCCUUCUCAUCCAUCAAUGGCAGCACUCCCCAACACCAGCACCAACAGCCGUCUUAUUGCCUUCACCACCCCAAAAAAUUAUGCAGAAAGGCUCUCCCACGUUAUCCAACUCAAGGGCUGGUGUCCCAUCUGGUGCCCCACUGUCAUUGUUGAAACCACCCCACACACCAUCUCCUCCAUCCAAUUCUACCUCUCCAAUCCAAAUGCCAUCAACAAUUCCCAGAAUCAUCCCAACCUCGAACAAUUCUCAGGUAUAGCUUUCACAUCAAGAACUGGAAUCAAAGCUUUCUCAGAAGCCUUAACCAACAUCCACUCACCCCCACUUGCCCCACAUGGUGAAACCUUCACAAUUUCAACUCUAGGCAAAGACUCAGAGCUGCUAGAUGAAUCUUUUAUUAAUAAACUUUGUGAAAAUCCCCGUAGAAUUAAGGUCUUGGUUCCUCCAAUUUCAACACCAACAAGUCUAGCCGAAUCACUGGGAUUAGGCCAGGGAAGAAAGGUGUUAUGCCCAGUUCCAUCUGUACUAGGCCUGGAGGAACCACCUGUUGUGCCUAAUUUCCUUGCUCAUCUAGCUAGAAUGGGAUGGACUGCGGUUAGAGUUAACGGUUAUGAGACCCGGUGGGCGGGGCCCACGUGUGCUGAGGAGGUAGCGCGGAGGACUGAUGAGGAAUGUGGGUUGGAUGGCCUUGUGUUUACUAGUACUGCAGAGGUUGAAGGGCUUUUGAAGAGCUUGAAAGAGUUGGGGUUGAAUUGGGAGAUGAUGAGGAUGAGGUGUCCAAGCAUGUUGGUGGCAGCUCAUGGUCCAGUUACAGCUUCUGGUGCCGAGAGAUUGGGAGUUGGCAUAGAUGUGGCGAUCUCAUUCCAAACAUUCAUACACUCCUGAUUUUGGAACUUCACAUUUGCCCUCUCGAUCAUUAUGGGAAGAGAAAAUUACGGAAAUGAAAUGAUUGGUUUAUUUGCCUCUCUCUUUAUCCUCCAUCCAUGAUACAGAUGUCUACAUGGAGAUUUUGAGUUCAUUUUACAUUCCCUUUCAAAACAUUAAGAAGAUAUUUUCUUCUAUACGAGGAGGAAUUCGAGGAAGAGUUUUUGAGCUUCCUAUAACCAGAAAGUUGUUAAAUUGGCCUAUGUGAUGAUGAAGGCCUGCUAGAAUGGACCCAACCACUGAAGAUCAGGAAAUAUGCUGGAUACCAAACAACUCAAACGAACAAGAAGGCAUUGGCCCUCAAAAUGAGACUCCACUGAAAUUAUAUAUGUACAGAAACCAAAAAAAAGGGAAAAAUAAUGAAAGUGAAAUGUAUCAAUUGACCAUUUAUCUGUG